CUUGAACAUGAGCCACCAUUUACCUACAAUGGUGAGGCCAACUCGUCAGUUUUUAAGAAAUGGGUUUGCGAGGUCCGAGAAUGGUGUGACAGAGUGAAACUAUCUACCCAGCAAAGCCUAUGCAUGAUAGGAAAGUACCUGGGAGGAAAUGCUUACCGGUUCUAUGAAUGUAAUGUCCUGGACCUUAAGAAAAGGUACUCACUCACCAAUUUCUUUGAACAGCUGUUCAAUUAUGUAUUCCCGAUGGUCCAAUGA